AUGGCGGGAUUCAGUGAAAACUUCGAGGUUUUGGAAACGGACGACUGCAAACGAUAUGUCGUUGCCAAACGCGAUAUCGCCAGCGGCGAGCAGAUCCUCAUGGAAGAGGCCUAUGUAACUGGACCAUAUUAUGAUGCAGACAUUAGCUGUUUGAAUUGCUUUAAAGAGUCCUGUUGUACGUGCAGCAAAUGUGGCAAAGCUCCGCUUUGCUACGAUUGCACUAACCACAACGAGGACGAAUGCAACUUCUACCGGGAGUCUCAGCUUGACAAGAAUUUUUUAUAUAAUCAUUUCAACGUCAUCACCCCAGUCCGAUGUCUGCUGCUAUACAGAACAAAUCCGGAACACUAUGAGGAAAUAAUGCGUAUGGAAUCCCACUUGGAGGAGCGACGUGGAACCGAAAUUUGGGACAUCCACGAAAAGUAUGUUGUUAAGCCUUUACUGGAAAGCGGAGCUUUCGACAAUUUUGAAGGUUUAGAAGUGACAGGAGAACUAAUUCAACGGAUAUGUGGAAUCUUAGAUGUAAAUACGUUCGAAAUACGGGGUAAUGAAGAUAGCCCGGGAAUGAUUAUGAACAACCUGGCGCGCGGAUUGUUCCCGAAAACUGCCCUGAUGACGCACAGUUGUGUGCCUAACACACUUCUGUCGAUUGAUGGCUACUCAAAUGCUCGUGUGUACACAUCGGUCGCAGUGAAAAUGGGCGAAGUACUUCACAAUAGUUACACCAGAAGCAUGCUCGGAACGUACGAUCGGCAGACUCAGCUGAUAGAGGGAAGACACUUCACAUGUUCUUGCCAACGAUGCAAAGAUCCAACUGAACUAGGAACACAUUUGAGCUCCUUACGAUGCACGGAAUGCACGGAUGGACUCUGCUCAUUCUACACCGACAAUCCCAGAUGGAAGUGUAACAAUUGUGACCAUUUGCUCAAACGAGAGUAUGUCAACGAAGUGCUGUGUGCAGCACGAAGCGAGAUAUUGUCUUGCCCACUGGAAAUUCGUGACCUCGAGAAGAUAAUCGGCAAACAUUCGAAAACUCUAAAUCCCCACCACUCGCUGGUGCUGGAGGCGAAGCAGAAUCUGGCCGGUGAGUUGCGCAGUGUGUGCCUAUCGGUGGAACCAUCCAACGUGCCGAAGCAAGUGCUGAAACGAAAGCUCGAACUAUGCGAGGAAAUAUUGGGCAUACUGCGAACGCUUGAGCCCGGAAUAUCGCGGAUGGUCGGUAUCGCCUUGUACGAGUACCACGUAGCAUCGGUGGAACUUUCGCGGCGCAAUUUUGACACAACGGAAAUCAAAUCCCGCCAGUUGCUGGACAACUUACUGAAAGCGGAGAAUGACUUGAAACAAGCAAUCAGCAUGCUACUAUUCGAACACGUUUCCACUCCGGAAGGACAGCUUGCCAAAAGGGCCAUGCGUGAGUUGAAGGAUUUACGAGAGGACAUCGCGGAUGUUCGAGCGAUGAUUGACGAUGAACAAUUGGAGAAGCAAGAUCAUAACCGAAGGAACAACACCGUCAACAACAAAUGUAAUAGGAAGAAAUUUGGAAAACGCCGAUGA